GCUUCCGGUGGGGCGAGCGGAAGCGCCGGGGGUGUGUGAGGAGAGAGCGGGCGGCUAUGGGGAGCCGCAGGCUGGAGGCGGCGGUGGAGCUGGUGGCGGAGAGCAGCACGGAGUGGGGGCCUGCAGGCAAUCAGCCUGUGGUGAUCCUUCUAGGCUGGGCAGGCUGUCAGGACAGAUACCUAGCCAAAUACAGUGCAAUCUACAGUCAGAAGGGGUGCGCCAUCAUCCGCUACACAGCUCCAUGGAAGAUGGUAUUCUUCUCAGAGUCUUUUGGCAUCAGAUCACUGCAGACCCCAGCUAGGAGCCUCCUGGAGCUGCUCUUCGACUACAGCAUUGAAAACAGACCUGUUCUGUUUCAUGUUUUCAGCAAUGGUGGGGUCAUGCUAUACCGCUAUGUCCUUGAGGCACUCCACAAAGAGCAGCCAUUCAGAAGCCUCAGAGUAGUGGGCACCAUUUUUGAUAGCGCUCCUGGCAGAAGAAACUUGAGAGGAGGCCUUCGUGCCUUGGGAACUGUCUUGGUAUCCACUAACGUGCUGCUCAAGUAUUUCCUCUUGUUCAGUUUUGCCACUACAGCUGUCGUGAUGAGGAUCAUCCUGUACCCACUGACCCGCUUCAUCCAUGAGAGCCAUUACGAUGCCCUGCUGAAAGCGCCCUCACGAUGGCCUGAGCUUUACCUCUAUUCCAAAGCUGAUGCAGUCAUUGAGGUCAGUGAAGUUGAGCACAUGGCCAAUGCCCGGCAGCGGCUUGGUGUCUCCGUGAAAACUGUAGACUUUUCAGACUCUGCUCACGUCAGCCAUAUGCGGGCAAAUCCCACCUAUUACAGCAAACUCUGUACGACUUUCCUGUCAGACUGUGUCAGGGGCUUACCUCGUUAGUGGUGUAAUGACCUUCUCUGUAUGCCUUUGCUUUGCUCAGAUUGUAUGGGAAAUGUCACCCCCUUGCCUCUGUAUUUUUGAAGUGAGGAAAGCAGAGACUUUCUCUGUUCUCAGCUUUUUUUCACCAGAUAAAUGUCUGAAAGCCUCCAGGCCAGCCUUUGGGCCAGUAAAGUCAUAGCAGCAAGUAGAUCUGGGGUAAUUUUAAGUACUGAAGGUGAAAUCCUAGCUUUACCUGCUUUACUAAGGUAUCAUGGACCAGAAUUUCACCUGGGAUGUUAUUUGUUUCUUCUUAUCCUGUGUUGUUCUCUGCUUUCCAUGCUGUGUCCUUGUCUCUGGUAUCUAAUGUGCAUGUUCUGUUACCUUGUACUGGUUCUAAUGUUACAGCUCUUCAAUAUAUUUGCUUUUUCUCUCUGCUAUUCCUUUCAUCUUGUAGUGAGCAAACAGAAGCUGCUCUGCAGAAUUUCCCUCUUCUCUCAGCGCAUUGUAACUAUUGUUGCAGUCGUUGCUGGAGAGCAGGCCCAGGAACCAAAUGUAAGAUCUGGAAGAAGCUUGUGCAUGGAAAUAUGACCAGACUGCCAUCUGGUUUCAUUAAAGAGCAUAGAUAGCACAGCCAAAGCACUGAUUCCCUUGCCCUGGGAGGGGGCUCAAAUGUUUGUGAUAACUUUUGUGUUCUUCAGCCAAAAGAUCAGGUUAAUCUUUUAGUUUCUCUUCCUUUUUCUUUCCUGUGUUCUCCUGAGCAGUUUUACUUUCCUGGAGAAAUGCUCAUUUAUUAUUGCAUGUCGUGGAGCAGCCUAGAUUGUGCAUCUGGGAAUGCAGGGAAACUGGCAUAGCUGUAACCCAAAAGACCUCAGAAAUAGAAAGGUGGAAUUGGAGAGAAAAAUGAAACUGUCUCUCGGAGCUAUGAUUUAUACUGGGUGUUUCUUAAAUCACUUCCAGUGAGCUAGCCCACAAAUGACCAUGAAAUUCAAUGUUUUUCCCCAUAAUGUUCUCUUCAGAUGAUCAGUCUUUGCUGUCUGUGCAGCAUGUACUUGUAAUGCAAAGAAAUUAUUUCAUUCUACCCAGUGAAAAAGUAGCUUGUUGCACUGCCUUUCAGCCAUGUUUGGUCUUGGGCUUUGUGAUUUGUUUUGGGGAGAGAUGGGGAUGAACUCGGAGGCAGAGCCUGCUAAUAAUGUAUUUCCUCUGUGUCACAGCAUUGCAAACUAAUUACAGAUGUAGUGGGCAUUUUUAGCCAACUUUAAGUUCUUACUCUCAGAUUGGCAGGAACGGGCCCUGGAGAGGCAUGGUAUAGGGCUCUUUGAACAACAAGGGGGCUGCCCUUGCGAGGUAAGAACAUGAAAAGCACAAGGAUUUUUAUGGGUGUUUGCUGCCUGUGCUUGACUCGCCCACCCUUGGGGUGCUGUCAUCCACAGUUACAAGGCACUUGCUGUUCUGAAUGGAAACACAGACAGAGACAUCUCUUGGGAAGCGCUAAAAUUAUUUCUAAGUUUAAAACAUGAACCCUAACACCUCACACAAGAGGCAACGCAGGAUGAGUUGUGGUCUGUGGCUAGACCAACUGUUUUUAGCAGAAUAAUGUGGCAACAGUUACUUAAAACUAAGAAUAACCCCAUGUUGGGCAUGCCUUUAAAGGGUGGAUUAGGGUGUAUAGGAUAUGUGAGAAUUGGCUGAAAAGGGGCUGACUGCUUGGUUUAUUUUCAAUUAUUUAAGUGAAAACUGUCUCCAAGCAUGGGAGCCCUUGCUGCUUGGGGCACAGUCUUGCGUAGGUGUGAUCUUUGAGUUUUCACUUCUACUGUGAAGAUCAGCUGUGUGGGCUACCCUGUGGUAAGAGAGCCUUCAAUAUGCUGCUUUUUGUAAAGAAAUUCUUGUUUCGAGGGUUUGGACCUAUGAAAUCCAGACAUGGUCCCCUAUCCCAGGAAGUCUAUCAGAGAUCUUUUAGGUUUUUAAGCCUGAAUCCGGCUUGUGCUGUCAGUGCCAUAACUGCUAAGCUGUGAUCUGUUUGCUUGCCUUCCUGGAGAGCUGUGCUGUAUCUUUCUUUCGAGCAUCCAGCCUGUUUGUGGGACUGUGAAAGUUCUUAGGGAGCAGAGGUGAUAAAGGUAUUUAACUAGCACUUGCCCUCGUGCUGGUUUCUACGGGUUCAGUAUUUAUAGAACACUUAAACACUUCAUAAUAUACGUCUCUGAAUUAAUACAGUUGUGCUGGACUGGGAAUCUGCUGUUGCUGUUUAUUGCCUUGGGUGUUGAACUUCUCUGUGUGCCUUUUUAAGCACUUGGGCUGCUGUGGAGCAUGGUUGGCAGGUGUUGGAGCUAAAACCUCUGUCUCUCUGCGACAGGAUGGUCAAAAUCCCUCUGGGAAGAGCCCCACACUCAUGUCACCUACACCUUUAACCUCCCCCUUCAUCUCUGCAACAGGAUUGCCACUCCCUACCUCCUUCUAGCCGUGUCCUCCAACUCUGUGCUUUCCAGUGCCGCAGCGUGUGCUACCUGCCUGCCUCCAAGGUCUGGGUCCCUCUGCAUCUUUGCUCCAGUGUGCGUAUACCUACAUACAGGCUUCAAAAGCUCCAUGCCCUCAUCCCUUUUCACUGGUCCUUACAGUGUUUAUGUGCCAUUGGCACCUCAGCACUGCACUUGGCUGGGGGCAACUAGAUCAGCCCUCAUUUCCAGGCCAAGCUGCAUGUUUGCAGCUUACUGGCCUCUUUGGCUUUAGGAUGCAGUGCGCUUGGUGCAGCGAGUAGCCCUGGCCUGUGACGGCGGAUCAGCUGUUCCUGUGAUCAGGUCCCCCAGAGCAGGAGCGAGGCCGUGGCAUUGCAGUGCUGACAGCACGUGCCUUCUGACGGAGCACUGCAUUCAAAGAAGUCGCAUGAUGUGCUUCACUUGUACCAUAGUCCUGCCACCCCAAACUGCUGGUGUGACAGGGGGCACCUUUGAAAGAGGUGGAGAGUGCCCAGGUAGCUGAGUUGCACUUCCCUAGGCCACCCUAUGCUACACGAACAGGAAUUUAUUCAUGCGCACUUCCACCAUUACAAAAACUAUUUAAAAUUCAGGGGUAAUUCAUGUAUCCACCUUUCUCAAAGAGCAGUGGGGGGAUCGCUAGCAGGCGAGUGAUUUACAGAGGAAGUCAUCAGCACCAAUCUUCUGGGUAGGUUUAGUUUUCCAUAUCCCAGCAAGUUUUAAUCAUGAUUAUGAGCAGUGUGUUAAAUGUAUUGUGUGAUAUAUUGCCCUUUUCUUCCCUAUACAGCAUGUAUGUUUGCCCCCCUUUUCUGCCCUCUGUAUUUCUGUUGUUUGUUAUUUGAAACAGAAGGUUAAUAACUUGGAGCCUGAAGGCACACAGCCAGGAACUGAUCCAAGCUCUACUGGAUUUUUAAAAAACAACCUCUAAUCCUUGCUAAACUGUCACAGUUUGGUGCAGCCAGUGUUCCUAGAGAGCUUCAGCCUCAACAACGAGAGCCAAAGAUUGGGAUAUCUUGGUAAAUCGGAGUAAUCUCCGAGACUAAGGGAGGGGUAAUGCAGAUCAGCACUUUGGGAGAAAACGCAGCCCCCUCGACUUGCUUUGGAGGUAGGGGACAGGAUGUGACAUUGGCAGUCACCUGCCAGUUUUCCUGCCAGCCUGCAGAGCCCUAAGUUCAUUUUACUGCAGUCAAACCCUCAAGCGGGGCCUGUGGAGCUGCGCAGGUGAAAUACCAGCUGCGGUGGGAGAGGAAGAUGCCCAGCGUUCCCAGGGGCCAGCUGCUGGCAUUGCGCAUUUCCUAUCUAGGUUAAUUUUGCAAGAGCGCAAAUUAACCUUUCCUCAUGAACAAAAGCCAUUUGCGAGUGUUUCCUGCAAGGGAGCUGGCUGCGUGCUCGGUCCCAUGUGCAGCCUUUUCUGCACAGGCACUGGCGAUGUUACGGAAAGGCUUAUAGAAAGAAAAAGGCUGCUUAAUUAGUGGUCAAGGUGGUUGUGGGCCUUGCCUGGAGAGCAUUUAGCCUCCUCUGGCAGGCGGUGAGAGGGCACCCGCACAGCCAGGGUGCCCGUUUGUGGAGCUGGGGAGGCUGCAGAGGUGCCCUGGGUGGUACCGGGGGCCACGAACCAGCCCAGGCACGAGCCGGGUUUUAGACCAGUGGGAAGCUUGUGACGAGGGAAGAAGGCAAACCAGGCUGCUGGGUAAAGACUGAUGUGUGCCCACACCUCCUAAAGGCUUUUUAAAAAACUCCUCUUGUAUGUUCAGGAAAUAAACUGUAGAGACUGAG